AUGGCAAUUUUUUUGAGGUCGUCAGUGUGUAAAUCAAAAUUAAUUUUUUCACUAUCGAAAAUUGUAACACCCAUAACUUCAAUGAAGUUGUCCACAUGUAACUUGGAGUACAUAAUUACUGAAAAAGUUGGUGAGAAACAAAAUGUUGGCCUAGUAAAACUUAAUAGACCUAAAGCUUUGAAUGCUUUAUGUGAUGGUUUGGUCACAGAACUGACUGAAGCCGUAUCUGCUUAUGAUGCCGAUGAUUCAAUUGGAGCUAUUGUUGUUACUGGUAGUGAACGUGCAUUUGCGGCAGGUGCUGAUAUCAAAGAAAUGCUUGACAAGACUUAUUCCACUAACCUAAAAAUUGGUCUACUCAAACAAUGGGACAAUCUGAGUAAAUGCAAGAAACCAGUUAUUGCUGCUGUAAAUGGUUUCGCUCUAGGUGGUGGAUGUGAAUUAGCAAUGAUGUGCGACAUAAUCUAUGCUGGAGAAAAAGCUAAAUUUGGCCAACCUGAGAUUGUGAUUGGAACCAUUCCAGGAGCCGGUGGUACUCAGCGUAUGAUACGUUCUUGCGGUAAAAGUUUUGCAAUGGAAGUAUGUUUAUCUGGAAACCAGAUUUCUGCUCAAGAAGCUUUAUCUAGAGGAUUAGUUAGUAAGGUGUUCCCACCAGAAAAGUUAGUAGACGAGGCUAUUAAAUUAGCCGAAAAAAUAAGUGAACAUUCACCUUUAAUUGUUGCAUUAUGUAAAGAAUCUGUAAAUUAUGCAUAUGAAUCAAGUUUAAGCCAAGGUUUACAAUUUGAGAAGAAGUCAUUCUAUGGAACUUUUGCAACCGACGACCGGAAGGAAGGAAUGACUGCAUUCAUUGAAAAAAGAAAACCAAACUUUUCUAAUAAUUAA